GCCAAAACCCACAACACAACCCUUCCACCCCUUCCCACAAGCCUUUUUGUCUCUGCCUCGCUCUGCUUCUCACUCUCUUUCUCUUUGAUUCUCUUCUUCGAACCUUCUUUUUCGCAAGGAAACCAGCAACCGGUUCAACCUUAUCAGGGAGUUACGUUAACACACUAUUUAUUAUUGAAUGCGUUAAUUGAUCGUAAGAAGAAGAAGAAGAAGAAGCAAUACUCAUAGAAAGAAGAGAUGCCAAAGUCUUUCAAGGAUUCCCUCAAAGCUCUUGAAGCUGACAUACAGUUCGCCAAUACUCUGGCUUCUGAUUAUCCAAGAGAAAUUGAUGGCGCCUGCAUACAAAUGAGAUUGUCUUAUAGCCCAGCUGCUCAAUUUUUCCUUUUUCUGGUUCAGUGGACAGAUUGUUACCUUGCUGGAGCCUUGGGAUUGCUUAGGAUUCUCAUAUACAAGGUAUAUGAGGAUGGGAAGACAACCAUGUCCCUUUAUGAAAGAAAAGCCAGUUUGAAAGAGUUCUAUGGUGUGAUCUUUCCCUCUUUACUACAACUCCACAGAGGAAUCAAUGAUGUAGAAGAAAGAAAACAAAAGGAUUUAUGCGUUACAAAGUACAAGCCAAAAGACAUAAUAAGAAAAGGAAAACUAUCAGAAAUUGAAAUAGAGAGAGAAGAAGAAUGUGGUAUCUGCAUGGAGAUGAACAACAAGGUUGUGUUGCCCAAUUGCAACCACUCGUUGUGUAUGAAAUGCUACAGAAACUGGCAUGCACGAUCUCAAUCUUGUCCUUUCUGUCGGGAUGGUCUUCAAAGAGUAAACUCUGGUGACCUAUGGAUUUACAUGAACAACAAUGAGAUAAUUGACUUGGCUUCAAUCAACAAGGAAAAUUUAAAAAGACUAUUUAUGUACAUUGACAAGUUGCCUCUGAUUGUGCCAGAUCCUAUAUUCUUGUCUUAUUCUCAGCGCUUUUGAAUUUUAUCUAGUGAAUUUUGGUGUCCUUUGGAUUUGCAUGAGCAGCUAUGAGAUAUAUACUUGGCUUCAAUCAAAAAGGGGACUUUAAUUAGGCUAGCUAUGUACAUCGACAAAAUGCCUCUGGUUCCAGAUCCUGUCUUCAUGUCUUAUUCUCAGCUCUUGUGAUUCCCGUUUAGUGAUAGCUAAUCUUUUUCAGAUUACAUUUUGUUUUUGAUCGUCAGUUUAUGCUGGAAUGAUUCGAAAUGUAAAUACAGGUUGCUUUCAUAGUCAAAUAAUAUUUUGACUCCAUUCAAAUUGAGUUAUGGAGUUCUCUAGUCCAAAAGUCUUUCUGGUCUCUAUAACUAUACGAGUAAGUGAUGUUACUCACGUACAGCAGAUAAUUGAACAAUUUAGUUGUAAAUACUAAUUGUAUGUUUGUAUCCGUUUUU